UGAGUACUGCAGGGUGGACAGAAUCGCUACGGGGAACAAGUAACAUGGAUUAUAUUGAGGAGUUUGGAGGGGCUUGAACAGAAAUGAUGGUAUUAACAACAUGCAAAGAUGGUUCCAACAUCUCUUUAAAUCAAAAGGUACUUUCCCAGCGCAGCAAGACAAAGAUGGAACAAUAACCCAAAACUCUGUUAGCGGUGUCUCAUCAUCUGCAUCAACAUCCUCACAGCAUUCUUCCCUGUCGCCGGGGACCACACCUUUGAAAUCCCAGCAGUUGGACAAUGCCCUGAACUCGGAGCUGAGAUGGAAACGGAAGUAUGAUGUGUUUGUGUGCCACAGCUCUUCCCAUGCAGACACCGAAGAGGCCAAGCGUCUGGUUUUGUUCCUGGAAGCCCCGCCCCGCUGCCUCAGGUGCUUUCUGUCGCCGAGAGACGGCUGUCCAGGAGCUGCCAUUUCCACUGAGUUUUGCCAAGCAGUGCAGGACAGCCACAUACGGGCUCUAAUUAUCACUCCGAGCUUUUUGCAGGAUGACUGGUGCAAUUAUAUAAUGCACCAAGUUCUGGCAGAGGGACCUAUGUCCAACAGGAUGAUUCCCUUGCUUCAGAACAUGCCACACUCUCAAUACCCACAGGAACUGAAGUUUUAUUUCUACAUUGACCUCAGCAGGAGCCCAAACCAAGGCUACGGUACAGUCUACAAGACUGUGCUCAGGUACCUGGAGACCCUUGUUAAAAGGGAGAAGAUAUCUUAAUCUGAGGCAGCUCAAGCGGUGGAUGUAAUGUAGAAGGCAGCUUGAAAAAAAGAGAAACUCAUGUCAAAGUUGUUCCCUGGGACUUCAUCUCCACCUGAUGUGAUGCAAAGGGGAGCUGAAACCUAUCGUGACAGUUGGUGUGAUCCUGAAACCUAUCGUGACAGUUGGUGUGAUCCUAACUGAUUUAAUACGAGGCUGGAUAAAAAACCACUUCUGCUACCGGCCUAAGUCCCUUUUGUGACGCUUUUCGUGGUUCGUGCAGUGUAUUUAAAAAAAAAAAAAAAAAAAAAGGAAGCUAAUGUGACAUAUAUGACAUGUUUGUUUGAAUUGUCAACACUAUGUGUUGAUGACAGUUAUGUGAUGUACAGUGAACAGGAAACGACUGAUUUCCUCCAACGGAUAUACAAAAAUAUCCUAUAUGCUUACUGAAAGCAGAAAUACCCAUCCAUAUGACCCUCCACACCCACUUUUGCAUUUCCUGAACUAAGUAUGUAUGGACAGAACUCUCAGAACCGCCUGAGAGUUCAGAUAUUUAUUGUAUUUAUUAUUUUGAUAUUCGGGUCACUGUCUUCUCUGCAGUAGAAUGAAGUCACAGCAUUCUCAUUUUGGAGAAUCAAGUGCUUGACCAUGUGAUAAGAGCAAGUUGCCAUGUUGUUAGGUUGCAGUAUCAAUACCAAUGUAAAAAAAGCCAGGCAGUAAAAUAAAAUAUUCUACAACAGUAAUGUUACAUGGUGAAAGGAAAUGCUUGGCUUUGUUUAAACAGCUAUAAAUAAAGCCAAUUGAACACAAGCGUCCGGAGACCUUUAAUUAUGAAACUG